AUGGCGCCACUCUCCUUCUUCUUCUUCUUUUCCUUCUCCUUACUGGCCCAUCUAUCCAGUGGAGCUGACAGAAUCACCGCCAACCGGUCUCUCUCCGGCGACCAAACCAUCAACUCCGCCGGAGACGUCUUCGUGCUCGGAUUCUUCCGACCGACGGUCAACUCCACCAACUACUACAUCGGAAUCUGGUACAACUACAAGCUGGUCUCCCAACAAACCAUAGUCUGGGUAGCAAACAGAGCAACCCCUGUUUCCGACAGGUUCUCGUCGGAGCUCCGAAUCUCCGGAGGGAACUUGGUCCUCUUCAACGAAUCCAAGGUUCCCAUUUGGUCAACGGGGCUGAACUCCUCCGCCGCUCCCGUCGACGCCGUUCUCCUCGACCAGGGAAACCUCGUUUUACUCCCGGCCGGGUCGGGUUCAAGUUCAGCCAAACCCCUGUGGCAGAGCUUCGACAAUCCGGCGGACACGUGGCUUCCGGGAGGCAAAAUUGGGCUCAACAAGGUCACGAGGCAGACCACGCUUCUGACUUCCUGGAGGAACAACGAGGAUCCAUCGCCCGGCCCGUUUUCCUUAGAACUCGACCCUAAUGGAACCAGUCAGUACUUCAUCCUCUGGAAUUUGACCAAGAAUUACUGGACCAGCGGGGCGUGGGACGGCCGGAUUUUCAGCUUGGUACCGGAGAUGAGGCUCAAUUUCAUCUACAAUUUCUCGUAUAUUGAUAACGUGAACGAGAGCUACUUCACUUACUCGAUGUACAAUCAAUCCCUAAUUUCCCGAUUCGUGAUGGACGUCGGCGGCCAGAUUCAGCAGCUCUCGUGGCUUGACUCGACAAAGCAAUGGAAUCUGUUCUGGUCGCAGCCCAGAACUCAGUGCGAAGUCUACGGCUACUGCGGCGCGUUCGGGAGCUGUACGGCACAGGGUCAGCCGUUCUGCCGUUGUUUGAACGGCUUCGUCCCCAAAUCGGAGGCGGAUUAUAAAUCCGGGGUUUUUUACGGAGGGUGCGCCAGGAGGGCGAGCCUGCAGUGCGAGAACGGCAGCAAUUCAACCGAUUCGAACCGGAAUCGAGAUGGGUUCUGGCCGAAUUACAACGUGGGGCAGCCGGAUAACCCGCAGACGGUGGUGGGAUCGGUGGCGAGUUCGCAAGAUUGUGAAGCGGCUUGUUUGGGCAACUGUUCUUGCUCUGCUUAUUCCUAUGACGGUAAUCAGUGCUCUGUUUGGUACGGGGAUCUCUUAAAUCUGCAAUCGGACGCUACCGCGAGUGGGAAAACCAUCUUCGUCAGGCUUGCAAGAUCCGAGUUUUCGAGCUCCAAGAAUAAAAACGGAAUCGUGAUUGGUGCUGUUGUGGGCUCGAUUGUGUUUCUGGGAUUUGUUGGUUUGGUUGUGUUCAUAGUGCUUAGGAGGAGGAGAAGGAGAAUGGUGAAGCCAGGGAAAGCGAUGGAAGGCUCGCUAAUGGCUUUUACCUACAGAGAUUUACAGAGCGCGACCAAGAAUUUCUCGGAGAAGCUCGGAGGAGGAGGGUUUGGUUCAGUUUUCAAAGGGGUGUUACCCGAUUCGACCGCCAUAGCCGUGAAGAAGCUGGAAUCAAUUAACCAAGGUGAGAAGCAAUUCAGAACUGAAGUCAGCACCAUUGGGACAAUCCAGCACGUUAACCUCGUCCGCCUUCGCGGGUUCUGUUCAGAAGGCGCUGAUAAAAAGCUCUUGGUCUACGAUUUCAUGCCGAAUUCUUCUCUCGAUCACCACCUCUUCUUCUCAGAAGGCUCUAAAGCUCUUGACUGGGAAACAAGGUACAACAUAGCUCUGGGAACAGCAAGAGGGCUGUUUUAUCUUCAUGAGAAAUGCAGGGAUUGUAUAAUCCAUUGUGACAUCAAGCCAGAAAACAUCCUUCUGGAUUCCGCAUUCUGCCCCAAAGUUGCAGACUUUGGGCUGGCCAAGCUGGUGGGUCGGGAUUUCAGCAGGGUCCUGACGACCAUGAGAGGCACUAGAGGGUAUCUCGCGCCGGAGUGGAUCUCGGGAGUGGCUGUAACUGCUAAAGCUGAUGUUUACAGUUACGGAAUGAUGCUGUUCGAGUUUAUUUCUGGGAGGAGAAACACUGAGCAACUGGGAGAUGGGAAGUUGAGAUUCUUCCCCAGCUGGGCUGCGAGGGUUAUUGAUUCUGGUGGCGAUGUUCUGACAUUGGUGGAUCCCAGGUUGGAGGGGAAUGCUGAAUUGGAAGAGGUUCGGAGAGUGUGCAAUCUUGCCUUCUGGUGUAUUCAAGAUGAAGAACACCAGAGGCCUUCUAUGGGUCAGGUGGUUCAGGUUCUAGAGGGGAUGUUGACCGUUGACCUGCCGCCUUUCCCUAGAUCUCUCAGGGUGUUUGAGGAUAACCCAGAGAAUGUUGUUUUCUUCAGGGAUGAAUUGUCAACCACCACACAGAGCUCGCAGACACAGAGCAAUGCUUCUGCUGCUUCAUCUCGUACGAAGAGUAGCACUUCGUCCACAGGAUUCUCGGAUCAAAUCAAAUGGACAGGUCGACCUAAAUCUGCCUCCAAUUUUCAUCCAUUCUUCAGCGCUUCCUGGAAACGAAGAACUCAUAAUCUGGCUGAACAUUGUCCACCUUGA